GAGCACAGAGCCUUAAGCUCUCAAUAACCCAAGAAAAGGAUAAACCUCUCCAAUUGUAGAGAGAGAAAGUCCACCAUGCUCUUCCUCUUCCAACCUCCCCAUUUGUAGAGAGAGAAACACCGAAGCACAAACCAUGCUCCCUAGGCGUCUGCACUGGGAGAGCAUGUCUGCCAUUCUCCGAGCUCUCCCCACCGUUAAAAUCUCCUCCAUUAACAACAAAACCACUAUUUUGCAACUCCCCUCUCACCCCGUUUAUCGUUCUCUCUCCUCUCAAGCAAGAACAUUUCGUUCCAUUUCAGCUUUGAGUUCCUCAGCAAAUUCUAUUGCUCAAGAGCUAAAACCAACAUUGCCCACCGUUGAUUCUCUUGAAUGGGUGACCCGAACUGAUUUUUGUGGAGAGCUAACUGAUGCGGAUGUUGGUAAGAGGGUUCGUCUUUGCGGGUGGGUUGCGCUCCAUCGAAUUCAUGGCGCUGUGACUUUCCUUAACUUGAGAGAUCACACUGGCAUUGUUCAGAUUACUACUCUGCCUGAUGAGUUCCCUGAUGCCCAUGCUUUGGCAAAUAAGCUGAGACUGGAGUACGUAAUUGCAGUGGAAGGUGUUGUUCGUUCUCGGCCCUCUGAAUCGGUGAACAGAAAGAUGAGUACUGGUGGAUUGGAGAUUGCAGCAGAGUCUAUAAAUCUAUUGAAUUCUGUUCGGUCAGCCUUGCCAUUUUUAGUUACUGUUGCUGAUGAUGCAAAAGAUAUAGUCACAGAGGAAAUUCGCCUAAGAUACCGAUGCCUUGAUUUGCGCCGACAGCAGAUGCAUUCCAACCUAAAGUUGCGGCAUAAAGUUAUUAAGGUCAUCAGGCAAUACCUAGAGGAUGUACUUGGCUUUGUGGAGAUUGAAACUCCUUUACUAUCCAGAUCCACACCCGAAGGUGCUCGGGAUUAUCUUGUGCCCUCACGAGUUCAGCCAGGGACAUUCUAUGCUUUACCUCAGAGCCCUCAGUUGUUCAAGCAAAUGUUAAUGGUUUCUGGCUUUGACAAGUACUAUCAAAUAGCAAGGUGUUUUCGAGAUGAGGACCUGAGGGCAGAUAGACAGCCAGAGUUUACCCAGCUAGAUAUGGAAUUGGCUUUUACACCUUUAGAGGACAUGCUGAAUCUCAAUGAAAAUUUAAUAAGACAUGUAUUUCAAGAAAUUAAAGGAAUCCAACUUCCAAAACCUUUUCCACGUAUCACAUAUGAUGAAGCUAUGAGCUGUUAUGGAUCAGACAAGCCAGAUCUUCGCUUUGACAUGAAGCUGAGAGAUGUGGGAUAUUUAUUUUUGGAGUGCUCUUUCAAAGUUUUUGCUGAUUGCUUGGCAUGUGGGGGGCUUGUAAAGUCAUUAUGCGUUCCUUGUGGUGCAAUUAAAUACUCAAACACAAGCUUAAAAAAGGGGGAGGUCUACAGUGAAGCAAUUAAAUCUGGAGCUAAGGGUUUACCUUUUCUCAAGGUUUUGGAUGGUGGAGAGCUCGAGGGGAUUCCUGCUUUGGUAUCGAGCCUGGAUCAUGCAGCCAAAGAGAAAUUAGUGAAACUUUGCUCUGCAAACUCUGGAGAUUUGAUUUUGUUUGCUGUGGGUUCUCAGGCAGCAGUGAAUAAGACACUUGACCGGCUAAGAACAUUUGUAGCCCAUGAUCUAGAGAUGGUUGACCAUUCAUUGCACUCAAUAUUGUGGGUAACGGACUUUCCUAUGUUUGAGUGGAACAGCUCUGAGCAGAGAUUUGAGGCCCUGCACCACCCUUUUACUGCACCAAACCCCAAGGAUUUGGAUGAUCUCUCUACUGCUAGUGCUUUGGCUUAUGAUUUGGUCUACAAUGGAGUCGAGGUCGGAGGUGGGAGCUUGAGGAUCUAUAAAAGGGAGAUUCAAGAAAAGGUUUUGGAAUUUGUUGGCAUUUCUCCUAUACAGGCCAAAGAAAAGUUUGGCUAUCUUUUAGAGGCUUUGGACAUGGGGGCUCCACCGCAUGGAGGGAUUGCUUAUGGAUUAGAUAGACUCGUUAUGCUCUUGGCUGGUGCAAGUUCCAUAAGAGAUGUUAUUGCAUUCCCUAAGACCACAACUGCCCAAUGUGCUCUCACAAAGGCACCUUCCGAAGUUGAUCCCCAACAGUUGGUAGAUCUUUCUUUUCCCUCUUAAACUAAGGGAAAUUAAAUCCGUCAAGGAUGAAAGAGAAGAAAAUAGAAUCUUUUGCUGAUUCUAAUAUUUGGAGGUCAUGUGUUAUGAUAGUUAUUUGCGAUAUUCACAUAAUUUAUGUGGGAAAUCAAAGGCAUUUAGGCUUAUUUGGAUGUAUUUGUUAUCAUUAAUAAUUUGCUGUCGAAUAAAAGUAAUCAUGAUAAUGAAUUAUUUGUUGA